UUGCCAAAAGCCAAAAUUGUUUGUCAGUUUACAAAUACCAAACAUAAGUUUGAUAUUAGAAUCAUGUUGCAUGAACUGUUGACAUCACCUCAGGAAUAUUUAUCGAAGAAAAUAUGACUGUAUCGAGCAAUGUCAAUGCCAGUACCUUGGUCUAGAGAAAAUAAUGGCCAAAGUUAAAAAUUGAAUGCCUAUGUCAUAAGCAGCAAAACUAGUAUAUCAUCCUUCUUAGUGUAUUUAGAUAGUAACAAAGUCUGAUUUGAUUGCAUGUUUCGGAGCGAAUGUUAGAUACCACCCCCUAUCGCGUUAUUUUAUACUGUACUUUCGGCACACAACAGUAUAUAAUUGCUUUCUAUUUAGAGUUUCUUUAUUCAAUAUCUACAGUAAAGACACAUUUUUUAUCAUAAAACUACUGUAGUAACUUUAACCAACUGCAUCUAGUUACUGUAAGAUGGCAACAUGAACUUUUACUUGCCGAAAUACUUGACACAAGAAAAUAGCUUGUGAGAUACGAUGAAGAGAAACUUAUACAUAUCCAAAACAAUAAAAAUGUGCUCUAGCCUCUACAUAAAUGAACUGUAGUCUACGUAGUCGUUGGAAAACACUACUGCAAUAGUCGUCAAUCGUGAAAAGAGUGGGGAUGGUACAAAGCCCGUCUAGCGCCGCUUUCUCUGCACAACAAGGCAAGCGAGUAGAAAUUUGAGCUGGUUUAUAGCUGACCUAGGAAUUGUUUUUCUCUUUAGUUGGUGGACGUCUGGAAAACGAGUUAGCAUAUACGAAAACAUAUGGUUAUGAUUACAAAUCUUAUGAAGUAAUAAUUCAGACACCGAAAACUGAAGGAACAAAUGUGUUGACUGCAGAAGCUUUGUUAAGGCAUGCUGAAGCGGUGAAGAAAGCCAUGAAAGUCGAGGUGGAAGUGUUGGAACAGUAAGCUCUAUUUGACUUAAAAUAUUGCAAAUAUAAAUAAUUUUAUACCUUUGUACAAUCCCGGAAUUUUAAUAAUAAUAAUAAUAUAUAUAUAUAUAUAUAUAUAUAUAUAUAUAUAUAUAUAUAUAUAUAUAUAUAUAUAUAUAUAUAUUUUAUAUAUAUAUAUAUAUAUAUAUAUAUAUAUAUAUUAUAUAUAUAUAUAUAUUUCGGACUGCUCCUUCUAAUAAAACGGUUUUAGGCUUAUUUUAAAGCCUGUUCAUUUAUCUUUCGAACAAAUGGUCAUCCGUGUCUUUACUCUUUAGUGCAAGUAAUAACUGCACAGGAGAAAAUUUAGUAAAACCUAUCAUGUUUAGAUGCCGCUUAAUUAUACAAAUUUACUGUGUUAUUCCAUAGUCGGUUGCAAUGUUUGAAUUUUCUUGUUCAAACUUUAAUGUUCUUGUUGUCACAUCGGAAAAACUAGUAAGAACUUGUUAAAAACAUUCUAAAAGAGAUUAGGUUGUUUUAUUUAUUUCAAAAUCCUAAAUUAUUUCCAGAAAUCAUCAAAACAACCUUACGUCCAUGCAUCGUCCGAACGAGCACCAUCGAAUCGGGCCGUAAUGUAAAUAUAAAUUAGCAAGUUGACGGCAAGCUAAAACACGCUUCAGCCGGUAUUAUAACGCAUUUGAAGUCAGCAAGUGAAUUUAAAAUAGUGUAUUGGAAGCCAUUAUUACUUGAUUUUUACAAGCAAUUGCCAAAAUGCCUCAAUUUGCUCGUUUUCUUGACAAAAUAAGUUAUUUUCAUCAAGUACCGGUUUGUUAUUGCAUCUCAAAUUUUUGACUCUCCAAUCGCAAUCUCUUAAAAUAUUAUUAUUCACGAACUUCUGGAUUAUAUUUACGAAACAACCCACCGUUGAAAAGCUGAAUGUCUAAGCUUUUAAAAACUUAGCAAGCUUUGUUUGGCAUAUUUAUUACUAUACAGUUUCGUACCACGUAAAUAGCGAGUGCCACGUUAUUUACGUGGUACGAAACUGUAUAGUAAUAAAUAUGCCAAACAAAGCUUGCUAAGUUGGGUUUUUUUUCGUCUUUCUAUUAUGCUCUGGUUAUCCAUUGGCAUUGAGCACUCUAUCAUUGGUUUUUAUAACCCAACACAAACUAUUUUAUAUAUAUAUAUAUAUAUAUAUAUAUAUAUAUAUAUAUAUAUAUAUAUAUAUAUAUAUAUAUAUAAAUCAAAUAUUAUGGAAAAAGGUGAAAGUUCUAGAAGAAAAAUUACAGUAAGUUCUAGUAAUCUGUAAAGGUGAAGAAAUACGAACAACAAAAUUCCUUCAACUUAUAACAAAAGCUGAUUUCCAUGCAAAUAUAAUUUUAUUUGAAGUAGACUAUUCUAACUAGCAUGCGUUGGAAUCAGUUUUUGUUGACUAAUUUCAUUGUUGUUCUGAUUAGGCCUACUUCAUAUUAGGAAGUGGUGGAAAUGGGCAGGAUCAUAUUUAAUAGCAUAGAUGGUUUGGAAACUCAUUAUGUAUGUUAGUCAACGUACUGAAACUCAUUAUCUAUGUUAGUCAACGUUUAUUCAUAAACAUGGUCGUUAACCGUCACGUGUGUAUCGUGUUCUUGCCAAAUCCACCAAUAGCAAUUUUCAAUUUACCCUAUUGUUCGAGUCACGGAUAGGUAACUUUCCUAAGACAUUGCUAUUGGUUAGUUGGGCAAAAAUACGAUACGCACAUGACGGUGAACGACCAGAUUUAUGAAUAAACGUUGACUAACAUAGAUAAUGAGUUAUACUGUAUUGUUAUUCUAAUGAGUUUCCAAACCAUCUAUUCUAUUAACUAUGGCAGGAUAAAGACACAUGACAUGCAUGCAUGUGCUGAGGUUCAGUACGUGUUCAAUGUCAGUUUACGCCCAGCCACUGGUUUCUAAGUCUAAGGACUAAGGUCGAAGUGUUUGAUUUAUCAUCAAUGUGUAAGAAGAGUUUAAAAUGGGAGGGGUGAAGGCAUGAUCCAACACUCUCAAAUAGUAUAGAUGUUAAAUCUCCAGGAUAAUAUUAAUGACUUGUACAGUCGUGCUCUCCCUUGGCCUUGAUAAUAAAAUCCCAGUAAUAAAGAAGUAAAGACAGUACAUGGGGUUCAGACCUGCCAACAUCCGUCGCGUGUUAUCCGAUUUUUUAGCAAAUCUCCAGAUCACCUGAUAGAAGUUCAUGUCUACCCAUUUUUAAUGAGUUUUCAACUAAAAAAUACAUGCGCACAAAUGUAUAUUUUCCUAACAAUGACGUUUUUUGGCCUAUUCAUUUUAAAUCCCCGUUCAAACGAAUCCAACAUCGUCCAACAUCUGAUGAUUUGGAAAAUCUCCAGAUUUGGAUUCGGAAAAUCCCCAGAUUUUGACCACUUUCCAUAAAUCACUUUCAAAGACUUUGAUUAAAUUUUUAUUUGUUGUUUUGUAGGACAUGGUCGGUGCAAGAUAUAUGUAGCAAGCCAGCGGUGCCGAAGUUCAACAUGCUGAUGGAUAAGGUCAGUCUUUCUUUCAACAAUCAGUGUAAAUUUAAUGUGGACGAGAUCUACAUUUCUUCUUUUGAAAGCUUUCUUCUUUUAAAAGAUGAAAGAAACCUGCAUGAAAGUUUAUUGCAUUGUUAUUGUUAUUGUUAUUGAAACUAAAAGUGUGUAAAUAUCAAGAUUUUUUGUGGCAUCUCACUCGAAUGAAUACUAUUUAAUCGGUGUUGUAGAUGGAAAUUGCCGAGUGGAAAUUUUUAUAAACAUUUAUUAAUGUAGGCCUUACCAGGAAUAGAAGAGAAAAAUUCAACUUUAGGUCCCUGACAGGAAUUAAACCUGCGGCCCUGCAAUUCCGGUGCAGCGCUCUAACCAACUGAGCUGCAGAGAGUCGGUUGUCGAGCUCUAACAACAAGUUUAUGUAUAUAUACUAGGGUACUGUCAUGUACUGUACAGUAUAGGUUAUGGGUAAAUAUCAAGAUUUUGUUGGCAUCUCACUCGAAUGAAUAAUAUUUGAUGGGUAAAACUGUAUGUCCUUUUAAUUAUUGUGUAAACUAAACCCAUAUGAAGCGUCCAUAACUGAGAAAGGAUUUCAAUUGAGAAUUUAAAUAACUUUGUUUUCUAUAGAUGCUUGAACAAAUUAUCCCUUGCACCGUUAUUACACCUUUGGAUUGCUUUUGGGAUGGAGCGAAAAUUUACACACAGAACAUAACCACUGCCAUGUAAGUACAUUGAUAUCACCUCAGUUCAAUUGUAGUGUGUGUUUGGAUAAAAUCUUAGUUCAAGUUAAUUACUGUAGAUGUCAAAUUUAGAAACGUUUAACUUACUUAACUUUUCCGGGUUGAAAAAUCUGAAUGCGUAAUUGUGAAUGUAUAAUUUAUGACACUUAAUUUGCUGGCGAAGGAAUGUAGUCCCGGAGCAGCCCCUCUCUAUAGGAUACAAAUUUUCACACUGAUAUUCCAAUUUUCUACUAGCUUUUACAAUUAUUAUUUAUGUUCUUUUUUAUUAAUAAUUUAUGCGCGUAUCUUUUUAUAGAAGCAAUAAAACGAUCCACUGGACAACUUUUGAUCCUUUGAACUUUAUUAAUGAUCUUCCUGAUUUUGCAAAGAAAAAUUUGGAUACGAGUAAAAUGGACUCGAUGUUGGCUGAGGUAUGGAAAUUUCUCGUUUUAGUAUAACGGUUUACACAUCUUUCAUUCCAUCUCCAUUCAAAACAUUUUAUUUUACAGUACGUUUUCCUACAGUAGUUCUCGAUCAAAACAUUAUGUUCUGACACUCAUCUAAACUACUUGUUCAUCAGGCAUAAUCACAAUUAGCCUGUCUUUGUUUCUAUACAAGUAACAACGUGUUUCUGCCUAGGCUGGAAUUAGUCACGGUUAUCUAAACAGACCAUGUCUGGAUCCAAAGGACCCUCGGUGUCCGAAUUCAGCACCAAAUAAGGCCAGCAAAAAGGUAGCAAUAUGCUGUUAUUUACUUGGUUAAUGGUUAAUUAACGUUUUAUUAAUUUCGUUUUUACUUUGUUACUUGUUUUCAACUUGUUUUGUUGUAUUUACCCAAUAUUUACAUCUGUCGUAGAUACCAGAUAUAGGCAAGGAGCUUACUGGCGGCUGCAAAGGUUUCGCUGAAAAAAUGAUGAUCUGGCCCGAAGAUCUCAUAGUUGGAGGAACUAGAAGAAAUAGAAGUGGUUUCAUCAGAAGGUACAGUACUCUACCAUGGAAUGCCAUGGUUUUGAAUGCUAGCUUACAGUAAAUGUUCGUGCUCUCUCUUGCUCUCUCCAUUGUUUGAGGGAUAAAAACAUUCAGGAGAUGAAUUGAAAUAAAUUAAAAGCACCAAAGAAAACAUCUUUUAAAACUCAACAUAUGAGUCAAACUCAACAUUUACACACAGAGUCACUGUAAAAAAUCUUCAAAAAAUCUUCAAAAUUUCUCUUGUUUUUAUCAACUCAAACGAUGUUUUUCGUUGAUUAUUUAUUUUAUAUUUUUAAACAAUCGGCUGGUUAUGGUUUUACAUAACAUUUACGACCAGGCAGAAUAAAAUGGUAAAUAAUUAAAUAAUAUGGCUUCAUAACAAAUACAUUUUACUGUUCAUUUUACAGUGCUGAAGCCAUACAAACCGUCAUUAAUUUAAUGAGCGAAGAAGAAGUGUAUUAUUGGUGGAAGGAAAGCAAUGGAUUUACUAAAGUUCAACAUUUAGGAAUAGGGUGGAAUGUUGAGGCCGCGAAGAAAGUUCUUAACGCUUGGCAAAGAAAGUUUGUUCAAGUAAGAUUACGUACUUUUUACUUUUUUUCCGUACAGUUUUUCAGGAAGUUCAGACACACACCACGACAGUUUAUUAGGAAAACAUAACAGACUAAACUUUUCCUUAUAUUGUUCCAGGUUGUGAAUGAAUUGUCUGAACCUGUGCACACCAAGCAAAACAUUAUGGCCUUUUCAACUACUUCUUUCAAUGACCUACUGAGAAACUUUUCUUCACCAAAUCAAGCUCUGAUCAUUGGUGGAUAUGUUCUUAUGGUACUUUUCUACUUUUCAACUAUAUCAAUUAAAUGAUCAUAAUUUAUAUACUGUAGCUUCACGUGUAUGUGUGCGCGUACAAUAUAAAUGCAGUAUAUUUUGACGUACCUAAUAUUUGGUUCUCUUCACAGAUUGUGUAUGCCUGUUUUACCAUGAUACGUUGGAACAGUGUUGUCCAAUCACAAGGCUGUAUGGGCAUUGUCGGUGUACUACUGGUGUCCUUAUCUGUAGCAUCUGGUCUUGGUUUAUGUUCAUUUGCUGGUAUCAGUUUUAACGCUGCAACAACGCAAGUCUUGCCAUUUAUUUCCUUGGGCCUUGGAGUAGAUGAUAUGUUCUUAUUGUCGCAUACAUAUAGAGAUCUCUACAGUAAAAACUUGAGAUCUAAGGUAUGUAGUAGAAAUUGAGCAUAUAUUUAGUAAUUGCAUGCUCAUUAUAUUUCAUCUACUAUAUUUAUUGUGUCGUGAGGUCCACAACUGUAGUCUCACAUUGGUUUAACCGUUUUUACGAAGGAUAAAAAAUCACGUCUGGUGGACAGCGCUAUCCAGCCUUCGGCUUCGUACAGUACAAACGUCGAAAGGAUAACAUAUACAAUGUAUACAAUUUUAAAUUUUGUUAUAUUGUAGUUUAAAAAAAAUAUAUUUGAAUUCCUUUCAUUAGGAGUACGCUGGAUACUGUUUGAGUACAACAGGAGUCAGUAUUAUGUUGACCAGCAUCACCAAUUUAGCUGCUUUCUUUUUGGCAGCAAUCAUUCCUAUUCCAGCAUUGAGAGCGCUGUGUAUAAUGGUAAGAUUAAUAAUUAUGGAAAUCUUUCAAGACUACAGUACUUCAAUACUACAGUACUGUAUAUGCUGUAAAAACCACAACACUUGUAACAUGUCUGACGACUCUGAUCAAACCACUUGGCUAAAAUUAAAACACAAAACUUUGUACUUUAUUAGAAGGCAAGUUUAUAAGAAUAUAUAGUUCAAGGCUUAGCUCACUCAACACUCCCUCAGAAACACCCAAUUACACUUAAAAUUUCCGACCAAACCAUCAGACUGAAAGCUCACUUACUUUAACUAUAUAUAUAUACUUUAACCCUAGGGGAAGAUUGUAAAAAGCCUGUCUAAGACAAACAUGAUGACAUGAAUAUGUCUAAAUCUAUAACCUAAAUUGAACAAAUUUAGAUUUUUCCAAACUAUAUUUAAUUAAAAAGAUACAGUACUGUAUGUAGAAGUCGAGUGCAUUCAGGGGCGUAGGAAGCGGGGGGGCACGGGGGGCACGUGCUCCCCCAAAUUUUUUUAAAGGACUAAAAGUGCCCUUUUUUGUGAUAAAAAGUGCCCUUUUUGUGUUGAAAAGUGCCCUUUUUUGUGAGGAAAAGUGCCCCUUUUGUAGAAGCUAAUGUCGCUGUAAAUACUAAAUUAAAACAAUGGGUGCCGUUUUUGUGUGGAAAUUUACAAAUUUUUUUUAAAAAUUAGGUCACAAACAUAAAUUUCGGUAUGAUACGACGGAAAAUUUUUCUCAGGAGAAAUUUCCCCCCCCCCCCGUCGACAACAUUUCCGGGAAAAAUGUUUUAGGUGCCCUUUCCGAUAGUAAUGUGCCCCUACAAGCCGGUGCCCCCCCAAACUCCAGGUGCUUCCUACGCCCCUGACUGCAUUGGAUUUAAAAGUGGGUUUAAAAAAUCAGAAAUUUACUCGUUGCGAUAUUUUUGUUCUUAUCUAAUCCAUCAGGAUGGAUGGUAUAAGGGAAAUUUUACCCAAUCUGAUAUUACCGGAAGGAUGUAAAAUAGUAAUUAUUAUUAGUCAAUCAGCUUCAAUUAAUAGUUUAUCCAUUCUUAAUAAUAAUCACUAAUCGUUCAUGUUAUGUAAUCCACUUUUACUUUUUCAUGUUAUGUAAUCCACUUUUUAUUUUUUCUCUGCAGGCUGGUGUUAUAAUUAUCUUCAAUUUUUUCUCCAUUGUCCUCAUCUACCCAGCAAUUAUCGGGAUUGACGUGAAAAGACGUGAAGAUCAGCGUUAUGACAUAUUUUGUUGUGUGCGAAGGUAAAGUAUGUUAGCAUUUAUUAUCAAGACCCUGACCCUCUUUCAGGACCGAGUCAGCGGUCUACAGUACAGUAGAUACCCGAAAUUUCGAGUUCGAAUCCCGCUCGACACAACGAAUUUUUUGUUGUUCUCUACAGUUUCAGAGUAAAUAUGAAACUAUACUGCAGUUUUUCAUAGCAAACAGGAUGACCAUAUGAAAAUUCAUCAAUAUACAAUGAAAAUAGAUUGACGUAUAACUAUUUAAAAUAUAACAAUAAUUUUGGGUAGUAAAACUAAAAUAGUAGUUUUUUGAUAAUAUUUUUGCAGGGACAGCAGCACUAAUGUGAGACAUCUCAGACCAGGAACAAUUUCCUCAAUGACGACCUACAACCAAACCUCUUCAGAUGAUGAUUCAACAUUACAUCAAAUAUCGUCAUGCGCAAACGUUUCUUUUGGUCAAUGUGACGCAUUCACGUUGCCAGGCGUGGCUCUCAAAGCUUCAGCUAAUUGCAACAUAAAUGACUCAAUAUGUAAUAGUAUGCUUGGAGGAGAUAUCAGAUCUUGGCCUGGAAUGGGGAAUAUUGUUGUAUCUGUCUCAUCAAGUGGACAGAACAUUGACGGAGACUCAUCACAGAAUGCUAACGCUAAUGUAAAUGCAAGCUAUGGACGAGGUCGUACUCUGGAUAUAAGUGCAUCUAGUAGUGCAAGCAGUGGUACUCGUACUAACAGCAGAAGAAUUAGAGAUUUCUCAUCCAUGAUAAACCGCGGUUGUACUAGUGGACCAUCCAACCAGGAUAACAAACAAACUAAGAACGCACAAAGUUCAGCGAAAAUAGCAUUGAACCCUAACAGAGUAAGCCCCAGUUGUCAAAGCAGAGACCCACAGAUGGGUGGAAUGCAUGUCUCAGCUAACGCUACGGUGGAUUCCACUCAGGGAGAGCCAUCUUGCUCAUCUAACGCAGAAGUUAUUCUUAGACCAGAAAAAGUACGAAAUUCUCGACAACGCAGCAUGGCAUGGCAGAGAACGAUGAAUUCAAAGCUUGUCAAAAAUAUAACGCGCCUUAGUUUAGGACAUUUGACUAAAACAUACUACGCACCGUUGUUGCAAAAGACAGCCGCCAAGGUACGUUAUGUAAUAUAUGUUACAGUGCAUUGCAUUACAUCGCAUUGUAUUAUAUCGUAUUACAUUGUACUGCAUUGCAUUGUAUUAUAUUGUAUUAUUGUAAUUACCAUUUAAAGUACUAUUUAAAACAUGAGCAGCAGUGUUUUCCGAGUAUCUUUAGGUCUGAUAACUGAAACACGCACUGCGAAUGUUUUAAAUUGCUUCAAAAACGAUCAAUCUAGUAAGUUCAUUGGCGAAGUAAUUUUCAGAAAAUACGUUGUGUAAGUCGAGAAAAUCAAAGUUAGGGACUAAAGUCUAGACAUAAAGUAACUGCUAGGGUGGGCUGGAGGUAUAUCACAAAUUUUGCCAUUAAGUUUGGUGACCCAUCUUAGGAUGUAGAUAAAAAUUUCAAAGCCCAUCGAAUCUUACCAAAUUUAUUUCAUGACCCACCCCCACCUAAUUUAAAUUGGGAAAAUACACUUUUAUAAUAAAAAAAAACUUGCAGGUAUGAACAUUGUAAAUAUACACCGGCACUGUAUUGACAUACAUACUGUAAUUCCAUCAAGCUUGCACUGACCAACACACAUUCAUCACCAAUUACGAUAGUGAGCUGCUCUUCAGUUGGUUGUAUUUGCUGUGAUUUGAUCACUUGUAUAAAACAAAGUACUGGCUUCAAUAGCAUCGUUUGCAUUUGAUAAUUUGGAUAGUUUUGUUUACUUUUAUUAUUAAUAUCUUUAUUUUUUGGAGUAGACAUAGGUUUUUGUUUGGUGGCCCAACCGUGGACAUACAAAAAAAUUGGCGGCCCAUCGAAACUGCCGAAAGAUUUUCCAUGGCCCAUCCCAAAUCACUCCAGCCCACCCUAGUAGUUACUUUAUGACCGGUCCCUUAAAGUUUAUGUAAAUCAAGGGAAAUCUCUCAGUAUCACACAUAAAGAGACGACACGCUUAUGAUUUUUCUUCGUGUUUUCCUCAUGAAUUUAUUGACGAGUUGUUGAAGCUGAGACUGAGUUAAAAUGUUCUAAAUGGGGCAUUUUGCUCAAUAGAACAGAAUUUCGAAAGGUUUUUGUCGAUGGAAAUUUCAAGGAAAAUUACAAUAUGUAGCCUACGUAUUUUAGAUCUUACCGUACAAAACCUUAUUUUAUUGCGACGACUAUUGUAUAUAUAGUUUACAAUAGCAUGUUUUUCUUUCUAUUUUCCUACAGGUUGUGAUUCUCUUUCUUUUUGCCAUAAUUUUCUCAAUCUCCAUCUAUGGCUGUAUUCAAGUCAAAGAUGGUGUUGACGUCACUGACGUUGUGCCAAAAGGAACAAAAUUAGCGGAGUUCCUCGAAGCAAGAAAUGAAUACUUUUCUUUUUAUGAUAUCUUUAUCAUUACAAAAGAUGAUUUUGAUUAUGCAAACAAGCAAGACGAACUGUAUCGACUGCACCAGGCCUUCUCAAAGGUACAUAAGUACAAUAUAGAAAGCUAAAAACAAUUUUGUUGCUGUGGUUGGUGUCUUAACUACCUAGAAAUUUAGUUAAAGAUCAGGAUACUUGCGAAGGGCUAUAGCUCAAAGUGUGUUUAAUCUUUUUCAGGUAGUUUAGACACAAACCAUGUAACCUACAUACAAACCUUUAUGUUUUCAGACAUGGAUAAGAUAUUUUACAAACCUACUGUAAAAAAAAGAUAUGUAUAAUGUAAGUUAAAUAUCCAGUUACUCAUUUUUGGUUCUGCAUUUUACUUUUUGUUCAGGUUGAUUAUAUUGUAAAGGACAAAGACGGGAAUCUUCCUAAAUUCUGGUUACAUUAUUUCAAAGACUGGCUUGAAGGUAGGCGAUUCAGCAUUGAGAAUUUGUGAAAUCAUGAGUAAUUAAUGAGAUUUCAAAGAUUAGUUCAUACAGUACAAAAUAAAUGAAUGAAUGGUCAUACAAAAUAAAUUAAUUAAGAAAAGUUGUGGUUGUAAUAUUUCUGUUACAACCCCGAGUGCACUUGUUACUAGUUUCCAUAUGAAUUCAUUAAUUUCACAAGUUGUCUACAACGUCCACGCAUAGUCUAUCAAGAUAUAUAUGAUGGUUUGGAAACCGAACAGAAGUCAUUGUAUUAUGUUUUUGUCUGAGUUUAUUUGCGCACGGUCAUGGUGAUUGAGCUCAUUGUAUUUUCGUAUAAUGAAGUAAUCGUCCAAUAGGAAUAGCUGAGAUGAAAUGUGCAACUACGAUGAAUAAUAUUUAAUGAAGUUGAGGCAAAGCGGGACUUGUGCAUGGCGAGGUACAGUUGAGUUCAACAUCAAACAAAGUUCUUUUAUUUUUGUGGCUUUGAAGUUUGCCGGGUUUCCAGACCGUACGAUCUUAUCUUGACAAAUUAUGGUCCACGCCACCUGCUGUUUGUUGAGCAAACAAAGCAAGGAAAAUGGAUCCUAUUGUAUUUACAAGUCCAGAAGGCGGAAUACUUCGGAUUGACAGGGAUGCAAUUAUCUGAAAUGUACAAGGAGAACUAUAUUUUUUAGGUAGCUGCAUCCUUAUCAAUCCGACGUUUUCUCAUUAUCUCAGUAUACACUGGCACAGACCGUUUAGCCUGCGAACAAGCUCUCAAGUUCAGCUUGAGAGCCUGUUCACAGGCUACAGACCGUUCAAAAGAUGUACAAGUCCAAAUUUCCCAAAUUUACAAAAGCAUGACUGAUUUGAUUGCAAAUAAUCCGUUCUUGGAAUAUAGGUUUACAGAAAGCAUUCGACAAUGAUAUGAAGAAGGGAGCUAUCACGUUAAAUAAAAGGGUAGGCCCAAAAGCGUCUACUGCUGGAAAAUUGGCUUACAAACUUCUCAUGGGUACUGGACGGCCAAAUGAAACGGCACAGGUAGGCUAUGCCCAUAACUUUACUGUGCUAAAUUAACUUAAAUAGAUAUGAUUCAAAUCUAAGGUAUAAGUAAUCAGAUACAACAACUAGCCACAGAAGUGCAAGACGAAUUUCAGAACCUUAUACUGUAUAGCGCAUAUCUAACUGGUCAGUUUUGCCAUUUUUAGCAACAGAAUAUUUGGUUGUAACGAGGUGUCUUCUAACCAUGCAUAUUUUACAUUUCAUGUUUAGUUGCGAACACAAAAACUGGUCAAUAAAGACGGGAUAAUUAAUCGACGUGGGUUUAAUGGUUUCCUCAGAGCAUGGUAUCGUAAGGAUCCGUUGGGCUACGAGAGUUCAAUGGUAAGCCCAAUAUGCAUGUUACUUCAAUUUUUAUUAGUUAAUUCCUGUAUUUCUUUGUUUGUAUUUAUCUAAGCCUAAUGUCAAAAAUUCCAAACGUUUUUCUCAAAAAAAUCUUGUUUUCCAUGUUGCAACUAUACCAAAAAAAAUUGAAAUGAAUGGAGAGGAAAAGAUAUCAAAAUGUUAUUUUUUUAAUUAAAAUAUUUGUUGCUUACUGUUAGGUUAAAAUCAACCCAACUCCAGAUGAGUGGACGUAUCUUGAUGAAAAAGAAUAUGGUACGUGCAAAUUUGGAAUAUUUUUUACAGUUUUUUGGCAUUACAACAUGUUAUUUCGUUGUUAUGUAAGUAUGUAACUUUGAAAAAAAAAGAUGAAGGCACAAGAUGAAAAGAGUAACUUGUCUAAGUUGUCUUACAAUAGUUACUCUUUGAUACGGUGUAUGAAAUACAGCCAGUUUCUUGCAUAUUUAUCUAUCAGACUAUCAUCUACACAGAGUACUAAUUUGGGUACAUGUUUUCCUUGCCAGUUCGUCCAACUGGACAGAAUAUCAAAUACGCUCAAAUUCCUUUCUACAUCAAUGGCCUCAAAGAAACUGCGGACUACAUCAACGUGAUCAAGGUAUAUUGAAUGUGAUAGGAGGAUGCGUGCAUAUACACCAUGAGGGUAUUGCAGACUUUGCGAUAUACUGUAUUUCAGGCUGUUCAGUCCGAAAUUUUGGCUUGCCAAUCAAAUGUUUAGUACAUUGUCCACUGGGGAUAAGGAAGAGAUUAAUAGUACUUUCUGCGGGCUACUGUACAUGACGUAACUACCUGAAAAAUAGAACAAACUUUGUACUGUAGCAAGUAACUUUCUAGCCUGCCAACAUGCUCCAUUCUAUAUUGCGGUGGCUCGCAGGUCAGUAACUUCCCGACGUAGAUCAUCUUUGUUCUUCUUUUUCACACAUCUCGCUACCUUACACUGGCGCCCAACGUUAAGGAAUUUGCCUUACUGCAGCUAAUUUGCGCGAUAGAUAGCGAAGAAACGCUUGAAAUGUUUGAGGUGACAAGUAACGUAACAAAUCAACUGAAAGGCUGGUAUUUAAACGAUGACGUAAAUUUUUAUUCAUUUAGCAAGUGCGCGAGAUUUGUGACAAGUUCACCGACGAAGGACUAACCAACUACCCUCGUGGUGUUCCCUUCACGUUUUGGGAACAAUAUAUCUGGCUUCGAAAACAAUUGUUGAUUACAGUAAUUGUUGUUUUGGUCGCGAGUUUUCUCAUCAUUUCAGCAAUACUUGUGAAUAUCUGGGCGGGAACUAUAAUGGUGAGUUCAUUCACUUUCACCAUGAUGAGUACGUUUCGGUAAGCAUUACAGAGCAGCAGAUCGUGAUCAACUUCACAACGGUUGACACAAAAGCAAGGGAAAUUAUUUAAUUUAGAAAUUCCACAUAGACAACUUAGUCACACACAGUCAGAACGUUCUAGCUCAUUUAAUGCCAUGGGACAUCUAUACAUGAAACGAUUACAUUAUUUCUGACCGUUUUUGGUCUUUCAAAGACACGGUAUAUUAAUUUUAAAGUCAGUUGGAUAUAGAUUAAGUUGAAUAUACCAACGCACAUAUAAACGCUUGGUCAUGGUGAGAUAAUAAGUCAAAACGCAGUGAGAAAUCUGACUAGAAAAACAAAGCAUAAAUUCCUCCAGUUGAUGUAAUUAGUCAACUAGUAAUCUUCAUGCCACAGAACGCCGAAAUUUCAAAUUUCGUUAUCAUGAUAUGGACGUAAAAAAGUCAUGCACGUACUUUUCCAAUUCGAAAGUUCUUUUUUCGAGGCAAAAGUUUGGUACGGUUUGUGUUUUCAUUCUCUUGGAUUAGAAAAAUGAUUAUCUAGCCAUUAGAUUUCCCAUCAUGUGUAUUUGAAAUGCUUUAAUUAUGAGGUUAAUAGCGUCGUUCUAAAUGAAAUUGUGUUUUAAUGCUUGCACAGGUUGUGAUUCUGGCAAUGGCUACUGUUGAGUUGUUUGGUUUCCUGGGUCUAUCUGGCAUCAAACUCAGCGCUAUCCCAGCAGUCACUCUGAUCUUCUCCGUGGCCGUUGGGGUGGAAUUCACAGUACAUCUUUGCAUGGUAAGCUUUUACACUCUCUUUGCCUGUGGUGAGAUUUCAAUGUACAAUUUUCCUCGUUUAUUUAACACUCUUAAACCAAUUUGGUCAAAUUCCAUUUGGCAUGGGUAAAAUACCAUCAUUACUGGUUUAAUAAUCUUAUUCAAUCAACCAGCAACGCGAGAGUAGUACAUUUCGCUACAUUUAUUCAAAUCUAGAGGUUAAAUUGAAAUGGAAAUGGACCAGGAUGGUUUAAUAGAGAUUUGGUGUAAUAAUCUUUGAUAAUGCCUUACAGUUAUGUUAUAAUGCAAAUUAAAACGUUUGCGCAAUUCCUCGUGAACGUAUUGUGUUGCUUGGGUAACCAAGUUGAAUAUUUACUUAUGUUUGAUAAUACUUGAAUUACAAGAGAUUCCUCACACCUACUUCGCUUUGAGGUUUGCCGCGCAUUCAUACAAGAUUUAAGCUGGGUAUUAGCACCCCCCUGCUUUUUCAUCGUUUAUAUUUUGUGGUGUGAAUACACGAAUAACAGUUACUAGAAGACUAAAGCCCAUUCCACUAGGCAAAUUUUGUUCGCGCGAACAGUAGAAAAGAAGGAACUUUUUCACGGCGAAGUUUUUCGCUGUCCAAUCACAUUGCCAAGAUUUGUUUUUCGCUUCGCGCGAACAAAUUCGCCUAGUGGAAAAUGGGCUUAAGCAAAAUGACAAGGCAUUUUCCCAAAUAGCUUACUUGCUCAUGAUCAGAUAUGAUAAAUGGUAAAAUGGCCAAUGUUCGAUUAAAGUUGGAACCGUUCGUUUGUUCAUUUCCUUGCACUUUUAUAUUCGGACUUAGUUGUAGAAUAUCAAAAUUAAUAUUUUAAUUCAACAAAAGAAACUAAAAUGGAAUCCAAAGUGUAAAUGAACCAUUAAAAUACUGCACGAUCUUAAAAACAAUACACAGCUACAAUAAGUGCGAUAGUUUUGGGUUUUUCGUGAGCUUAUUAUGAAACGAAUGCUGUUCUGCUGUUAUAAAUUGCAAGAAUACUUAGAUAGGAAUAGAAAAAGAUCUACAUCUACACAGUAUUGAUAGCAAUGACAGAAAUAGGAAUUGUUCUUGUCAAAAAACAUUUAUCCCAACUGUUAAGUGCAUGAUGGUAUUGCCAGAAUUUAACGCCAAUACUGCCUUGUUGAUUACACUUUAUGUCCUUGAAAUUCUUCACUCAGCUUUCCUGUCACAGGAAAUGUUCAUCGUGCAUGUUUUCCCUCGAGUGUUUUUACCGAAUACUAGGAUUAAUAAAUACACAAGAGCUAUUCUUAGCACCAAGAGAGAUCAAAUACGAUUAGUGCGCGUGUAAUCCUGUCAGGGCCCCACUGUGCACUUGUAAUCGGAGCCAUUUGAUGAAAACUAGACAGAAUUAAAGCUAAUGCCGCAUUUUGUACGCAUUUAUAUUUCACUGUUUUGUAAAAAACAAUUGACCACUCCAUGUGCUAACAAUAUGGUAUAUCACCCGUUUUGGUACGGCUCAUUGCACAAGUAUUGUGUAAUAUUCGCAGCAUACUCGACCUGUUUUCCACAUGGGGACUAAAGAAACAACCCACUGAGAGAUUAUGGUUUUAUUUUAAUGGAAAAUCCGCAUGUUAGAAACCGCAAGAAAGGUUGCUUAAUCUGACGUUCAAAUGAACUUCAUGUAGUGUAAAUAGCUUACGUUGCAUUUGCGCGCGCCUUUUCCUCUUAAUUAACAUAAUUUGCGCAGUCAUGUAAUGUAAUGACAUUCCUGUAUAUUGAGAAGAGAAGAUCUUGACUGUUAUACUGGGUUUCUUCAUAUUUUUCUUGACCAUGGGAGUAAUGAAGGAAAACACGCAGUUUAAUCCAAUCAUGAAUCUAACGUCCUGUGGUUAUGCCACUACUCAUGACCUUUUUACAUUCGAUUGUAAUAAGUUCUGCGAUCACAUGUUGUUGAUUUACCCGCAGUCGAAAUAACUGCACGAUGCUUACGUUUGUCUUGCGAGCUUCAAGAUUUCUAAAUAUGGUCUCUGAAAAUGAGCUGAACCCGAUGGGGUAGCGUUUUUGAAAAUAACGCAACAAAAUUUCAAUGCGUUGUUUUCGUUAGGUCCGAGUUCUUUGUUAUGAUAAAGGUAUUGGCAAUCACAUGAGUUGCGAAUUUGAAAGAUGAAAGGUCAUGAAACGUACAAGGCUAAUCCCAAAUUAUGUGUGGUCGUUGAAUGAUAAGUUUAAGGAAACAGCUUUGAGAGUUUUAAUACACUUGACUUACCUUGGAGAUCCAGAAAUAUUUGGAAAAAUAGUUGGAAAAACACGUAUUAGAAGAUCACUUGAAAUUAAAAUUAAACAGUUGUCGUGCUUGUGCGACGCUAAGCGAAAAACAAAUCCAUGUUAGUUGCAUGACUUGCAUCAUUGUUAUUUUUAAAAUUUGGUUACUAACUUAAUAUGAACCGUUGUCUGACAUUGCCAGUAACCAUGUAUAAUUUUGGAAAUUAACAGUUCGUUGCGUUAUAUAAAAGUACCUAUAUAAAUUAUGAAAAUAGUAAUUUUCUGAAGAGUCACAUUUGCCUAUAGAGAGCCAUUGAUACUUGGAGUACCAAUUUUUAUACAUAAAAUAGGAAUAGAGAACUUCCUGGCUAGCCUUCUAUAUGCUUUGCGUACCUAUGUUUUAACGCGAAUGUUUUAAAUUAAAAACCAAUUACUACAAAUUACUACAUACUACAUUUUACAUUUUUUACAAGUUAAAUGUCAAAAUUUAAAAUACCAGCAGAUUCUUGUGUAUUAGACAUGUUUGGGAGAAAAUAUAUGAAAUGAUAAGCAGAUAAAAAUAUCCUGCUCUUAAAACGUAUCAAAAUGAGCAAAUUGACGAGUACGUAGAAUAUCGCCGAAUAAAUAAGAUUCCCUGUUUCAUGAAACAUUUUGAAAGUGUGUAAAACUGGAUACAGAAAAACUCUGUAAAACCUGAACGAACAGUGUUAACAUAAAAAAUCCUGUGAACAUUUCUAAUCUUGUUUGAAAUUGUUUAUUUAAUCAUCACGGGGCAAAUUGAUGUCUGUUUUCGCUGUUCCAAUGUUCGAGGGCAUGCUUGCGAAGACCAAAUGAUUUUUGGGAUGGAAAGGCAGGAUUUUGCAUUUACAUGAACUGUAUGCGCAGUGAAGCAAAAAGACAUCUGUCAAGUUUGUGGUUGCGUUAGAGACGCAAUAUACUGUGGAAACGCAAGCCUGCGUAGAGCAUGGCUACCACGACUCUUACGACUCUUAACGGUAAAAAUAUUCAAAUUCAUAUAUUCAUAAGCAUAUCUUUUGUCUCUUGCAGGUAUUUGUCGCAUCAGUUGGAACAAGAAAUGACAGAAUACGACAGGCCUUGGAAUCCGUUCUUUCGCCAGUUGUUGAUGGUGCUGUAUCAACCAUCUUGGGUGUCAUCAUGUUGGCUGGUUCUGAGUUUGAUUUUGUUGUAAAGUAAGUAGUUGUGUUAAAAUAGUCAAUCGAGUAAUUAAUCGAUUAAUGAAUCAUUCAAGUUAAAAAUGUACUCAAUUCAUCUUUAUUCAUUGAAUCAAUAAAUUAAUCAUUCAAUUAAUUAAAUAUUCAGUCAAUGUAAAAUCUUUCAUUCAAUCAAUAAAUCAAUCGAUUAAUUACUACGUUAAUUAAUCUGUCAAUUAAAUAUUCAAUCAAAUAAUCAUUCAAUUGAUGAUUUAGUAGUUAAUCAAUCAUUCAAUCGUAUCAAUGGAUCAAUUAUUGAAUUAAUUGUACAUUAAUUACUAAAUUAAUAAAUUAAUCAUUCAAUCAAUUAUAAUAAAUCAAUCCAUUUAUUAUACUAAAUAAAUAAUUUAAUCACUCAGUCAAUCAAUGUUCACUUUGGUUGUUAACCUUUUCAUAACAUCACCUUUCUAGAUACUUUUUCCACGUAUUGGCAGCUAUGAUUGUGAUUGGCUUCCUCAACGGCAUUGUUCUUCUGCCUGUCAUUCUUUCACUAAUAGGACCCAACCCUGAGGUAGGGAAAUAAUUUAAUGUACAAUUUAUUGGCAAAUGAGAAGAGCAAGAACCGAGUGGGCACGCUUUUUUAAAAAGGUUUCGAUGUUUUUGACAGUUUUCGUGAAUUGUGAUCAGAAUGGUGUAAUUUAGAAUUAUUUUAUUAGUAAUGUAUUACCAUUUAUCUCAGUACAAAAUGGGUUUUAUACAACCGACCACAGCAGUUUGCGAAAGCUUAUCUGAAUUAAGCCAAAUCUUGAAAGUCCUGUUUUUUUAUUGCUUAUACUUAUGCUAUAUUUUCUUGCAAUAGGUUGUUCCAUUACAGGAUCUGAACUCGACGCCAUGUACGAGAUCAUGGUUUGGUCUGACAACGUUUGAUCGCAAUACGUGCAGUUCUGUAUCAAACUUAACUAACGAUGCCCAACAAUACCACUCACGAGCACAACAAGAUGAUACGAUAGAGACAGAGGAUGUCCAACUGGAAACUAUGGAGCAAUUUGACUCAGAAACUCGGAAGUUCAAACGAGAUACUUGUAACGAGCAAUUUGACUCACGAAUUCCAAAACCCAAGACAGGGGUGACACCAAAACAAAUGUAUGGCAAAACUCUUCCUUCUCUAAUUCAGAAUACAAAGCCUGAUGUAAGAGAUCGACCUCAGAAUACCUCAAACAUACGAAAUUCUCACGGUAUUGCGGAGGUUACUGCAACAGCUACAGUAACUGUGAAAGUGCCUAUUGAACUAAAGCAAGGGAGACUACAAGAAAGCACCAGUAAUACAGCAAUAGUACCUCGUUAUAAUACGCAAAACUCUGAUAUGGAAGUUGUGGAUCUUGAAGACGAGUUUGUCUAAAGAAGUUUGGCUUUAAACUUUUUUGGCUUUAAACUUUCAAUUGGUACUGACUGUGUAUGAUCAUAUCAUUGAGAUAAAAAACCCGAUAUAAGUGUAGAGUGCCCAAUGACGUCACUGAUGCAACCACUGAUCUAUAUAUUCUAUGUGCAUGGCAUGUCUAAAUGAGAUUUUUGUGAUAUCCAGAAAUAUCAAAUCUUUGCACAAAAAACAUUCAAACGUCGUUCGUCCACUUCCUAUAACAUUGCAUGCUGCGGGCUCAACCUACACAUAACACAGAUUAUCUGCUAGCAGGUAACUGUGUAUCUGUAGGUUGCGUGAUUUCUAUAUUUAUAUGUAAGCUAUUGGCCAAUCAGAAGACACGUAGCUAAGACUCAAACUAUUGAUUUGUUUGUGCAUGUGGAAAACAGUUUUUUAUUUAUUUGGCGGCAAACUUUUCGAACCGUAAGCCUGGAUCUUAUUUGUUUUGAUGAUAAUCUGAUAUAUAUAUAUUCAUUUGCUCUAUCGUUAUGAUAUUGAGCACUCUUUGCGUUUCGUGUACACAAACCUAC